UGAUGGCUAGGUGAAAAGAAUAGUAAGUGUACGUGAACCCCAAAAAAGAAAGAGUUUGAUGAUAUGGAUCCUUGGGUGUUUUUCAUGCUUCACAUUGCUUGUUUGUUUGCUAAGAAAACUAGAAUUGGAAACAGGUUGGAGAGAAUGAGUGAACACCUUGUGCUGUGUGGUGAUCACCACCUGGUGACAGCUCCAGGUCCAGCCUUAUUCGGAUCCAAGCCAGGGCAUCCGGAGCCAUAUGGUGAGGAAGGCUCAACGUCGACCAGGCAACCUCGCAAGCUGCCCUGGUUCCAGGCGAGUAAUGGUUGGAGCAAGGAUGAAUUUGACUUCUUAGAUGAAGAAGAAGAAUUUGGUGAGAAAACUGAAUGCCGGAUUUGCCAUGACGUGGACUUCAUCACUAAGUUGGAAGCCCCUUGUGCUUGCAAGGGCACUAUUAAGUUUGCCCAUAGGAAAUGCAUUCAGAUAUGGUGCAAUGAGAAAGGAAACAUAGUUUGUGAAAUCUGCCAUCAGAGGUAUGAAUCAGGUUACACAGUCCCUCUGCCCUACGCUGGGAAUACCCUGCCUAACAUAAGUGAGAGCUUGACAGUUCCUGGUAUUCCAAGAGAACUUCAAUCAGCUGAGUUAAUUUCAUCAGAAGAUGUUGAGCGCCUUUUGGAGGCUGAAUUUGAUGAAUGCAACAAUGAAACUCAUGAGACUGAAAAUGGAGCCACAACAUGGCCAAAAGCAAUAUUAAUUUUCUUGACAAUUCUGCUCAUAAAGCAUAUCACGUUCUUUACUGAUCAGCGUCAUGAGAGUGACGAAUCUUCCAGCUCCUUCUACGUCGUCUUGGGGGUGCUGGUUCCUUGCUAUAUCGUAUCUUUUGCUGUCAAUUAUUGGAACAGCCGCAAGCAGACCUAUGUUGGUUCAUCUUUCAUGAUAGCAAAUCCUUUACAUUUCACAGAAUCGGUUUCCCAAUGAUGUUUUCUGAUGUGUAUACACUAUUUUGUAAACGAGGAAACUGGUGGGUCAGCCAGGGCAGAGAUUUCAAUUGUGAUAAACUCGGGGGAAACUACUGGGAAUACACACCGGCUUUAAUGUAGCAGCAACAUCUGAAAAUAUGCCUCAGCAGUUCUAAAAUUUUACAUUAUAAGCUGCUGGACUUGGCAGUAGAGUAGACAGGCUGUUAUGGAAUAAGAUCAUUUAGUUCUUACCUUAAUCUAGCAUAGCAGCAUUGUCCUAAAUGCUUGUGUAGACUUUGAAGAAAUUAUGUGCCUUUGCUGCAAUGCAAUGGAUGUUUAUUUCUAAACGAAUA